GAGGAAAAAGAAACAGCAGCAGCAGGAGAGGGGGAGGGAGAGCGGGAGCGACAGAGAGGGAGGGAGAGCUAGGGUUUCGCCAUAGCGGAACCUGGAGGAACUCGAGAUCUGGAGGAACUCGUGAUCUCGAUCGUGGAGCUUAGGGUUUCGUAAUAAGACUGGAGGAACCUUGGCGGUUCCCCGUGCCCCGCCCCUGCUUUUCUUGAUUGUGACGAGAUAAUGUGGACAGAACUUUGUAUCAUCAUCAGUUUUUCUCUAUUAAUUUGUGCACCUAGCCAACGGAAGCAAGUUAGAAGUUGAUGGUGAAUGUUAUCCUAUGAAGUUGAUUAUUAAGGAAAGAAGCAUCUAGCUAGGGUGGACAGCCAUUAUGACGCUGGAGGACUUCUUUACAUUGACUGAGAUGAAGGAUGGGCUGUCAAGCCUGGGUAGGGUUGAAGAGCUAGUUUCAGGUAUGAAAAAGGAGAAGAACUGUGCAAUAAAGAACUUUGGUGAUGCAGCCAGGCAAUGGUCGACUGUUGCAGCUAUCUUAGCAGCUACUGACAAUGCAGAUUGUCUUGAUCAUUUUGUCCGGUUGGAAGGUCUCUGUUUUCUUGAUCAGUGGCUUCAGGAAGCACAGAAAUAUAAUGGUGAUGCAAGGAAUGAUGGAUCAGAAGAAGCAAUUAGUGCAUUACUAGGAGCCCUGGAGAAACUACCGAUAAACAGAGAAAGGUCAGCUGGAAGUGGCAUAGGAAUUACAGUCAAACACCUCUUUGGGCAUAAGAGCAUGGAGAUCCAGAAAAGAGCAAGAAAUUUAUUGGAAGGCUGGACUCAGGUGAAAGAAACAAGUAAAAAGUCUGAUGUAGGAAAAGACGGUGGAGGCCAUGAAAUUGAGCGCAAGCAUUCAACUGAAACCAAGCUUAUUGUGUAUGGUGGGUCCUUGAAGACUGCAGUUCCUAGUGCCUUUCCUCCAAAAGGUACCUCCAGUGAUAGAUGUUCGGAUACUCUUGAUAGUGGGAGCUCACAGGUAAAGGUUGCAAACUUGGAUAUGUUCCAGAAUAAAUCUAUCAGUGAUGCGAACCGGUCAUCCAGUCAAGCUGGGGUAAAAGCAAAUGGAUAUUGUGCUAUGGUGCAUAAGGUGGAUGCUGUAGCAGGUGCCUCAGUUGCUUUAUCAGUGGAAGGAUCUGCUUCUGCUAGUUCAUGUGUUUCUUUGACUGCAAGAGAACGUUCUGAUAACAAGGCUUCCACGGUUUCAGAGCCAGAUGUUGGUAAUGGUUCUUUAAAAGAAAGGACAGAAUCUGUAAUCAGUGGUAGGGAAGGAUCCUCAUGUAAGUCCUCGGUGACUGUGAGCCUAGAAAAGGAAGAGAAGUCAGUUUCCAACACAUCUGUCUUCCCUUCACACAUUGGCUACCCAAAGGGAAUUGAUGAGGCAACUUUAUCCUGUAAAUCAGAUGCUAAUGAUUGUAAUACUAGUCCUAGAAAAUCUUCUGUGGUUCUUGGUAAAGAUGGUACACAUGAGCUCCAUUCAAGGAACAAGACAAUGAGCAUGGUGGAUCCAAAGCCUGAAGGUCAAAUAGGUUAUGUGAAUUCAGUUGUGUGUUCCAGUGGAGUUGCGGGCACUUUGAACAAGUUUGAGGGUCCAGAAGUUUUUCCCAGGGAUGGUGAUAGCUUUAUGAAGGCUAGCCAUGAAAAAGGGUCUCGUAUUGAGGCAAACGUAAAGAUAAAGGCCGAUGAGAGCGCUUUUGCCACUACAAGUCAUAAAAUGCUUUUAGCAAAGGGAUAUCAGAAGAAUGUCAGAGAUCCAGAAAAGAAGCUUUCAGAAACGAGGUUAGGCUGUGGGACUGAUGAUGAAAUUCUAGAAUGUGCACGACAAGUAGUUAAGGACCUGGAGAAAGAAGUGGGAAUUUAUGUAGAGCCUCUUCAUAGCUCUCAUGAUGGGGACAACGGGAAUAACAUUCUUGUGAAGCCAACUCUUCCUGAGUCUAAUAUUCAUGCGCCUGAGGAACCUCCAUCUGAUCUUCCCAUCCAAAGGAAUGAGCAACUGGCUGAGGUUAGCUCUUCUGAUGUAGGACAGGCCCCGCAAGAGGCUCAAAACUUAGAGCAGGGGAAAGACACUCAGAUACAUGAACAGGAUUCUUCUCAAUCAAAGCCAGCUUCUCAAGAACUGGGCUCUGUUGUGCCUAGAUGUGGUUUUGAUUUGAAUGAGGAUGUUCUGAUGGUAGAAGAUGAUCGCCCAAAAGCUGCCCACACUAAUCAUCCGAUCAAAGUAAUUGCUGCUUCAAAGGGAGUUGCAGGUUUGCCCGUCACCCCACUUCAUUUUGAAGGAGAGCUUGGUUGGAAGGGAACAGCAGCAACCAGUGCAUUCCGUCCAGCUUCUCCUCGAAAAAUUGUUGAAGUAGAGAAGGCUGAUGCAAGCACCCACACUGCAAAGCAGUCUCAAAAUGUUCUAAAAAUUGAUCUGAAUGUAGCGGAUGGUGAUCUUGAUGUAACCAAUCUUCCACCAUCAGGAAAACAGAUUCCGUUCACAUCUAAUCGUCAUCCUGGUGAUUCCUCCACUGAAGUGAACUCCAAACGAGUAGAGAGGUUAAAUCUGGAUCUUAAUCGUGUCGAUGAUGAUGACGGAUGCCAAUACCAGUCCUCUGAUUGGAGAAUCGACCGGAAUUUGCCCCAGCAGCAAAAUGGACCACAUUUUCCUUCUCCAGCUUCGUCGUCAUCAUCGUCUAGGCAAUCCGCCAUGAGAAACAUCGACCUGAAUGACAACCCAACUUUCUUGGAUCCAUGCAGCUAUGAUCAACAGAAGAUUGAUAAGUUCCCUUUUCAACCUUUAAAAUCUUUUGCAGACAGAAAAUUGGAUGACCCUGUUGUUUCCAUUAUGGGUUCAAGAAUGGAUGUGGAAAGAAAGGAUUUCCCCAGCCCUGCCCAACCAUUUUUUGUUUCUGGGCAAGGGGGUCCCCUUUCAUCUUUAGCAGCAACCUCAGGAAGAGUUGUUGGAGAAGCCCCAAGGUCCACACUGGCUUACACCACAGCUCAGCUGCCUUUUGCAUACAAUGGACUUGCAGUCGGUCCUGCCAUGUCUCUCUCUUCGGCAGUUUACACUCCAGGUCAUCUCCCUUACAUGGUUGACACUCGGGGUGCGACAGUUAUACCCCAGAUUCUGGCCCCCCCUGUACCUUCAGCAUUCUCAAGGCCCCCCUUCUUUAUGAGUGUUACAAGCACACCUUCUGGUAUGAACGGUGUUGGGGUUAUGCGUCCAAGCCUAGACCUAAAUUCAGGUAUGUCACUGGCAGAUAGUGACAAGAGGGAGGGGGUUUCAAGGCCUGUAUUUAUCCAUGGCCAUGGUCCAUUGAUAGAUGAAACGGGGAAGACAACAGGACUGCAGGUUGCUGGUUCUGGCCCCACCCUAAAGCGCAAGGAGCCAGAAUGUGGGUGGGAGCCUUAUCCCGUUGGUUUCAAGCAAUUAGCACCUUGGCAUGCAUGAUAUUGAUGCCCUUGAAUUUUCAUGUCUUUCUUCAUACAUAUUCUGCUCUCUUCAGGGAAUUUUGUCUGUUAUUUGUGCUUCAAGGACAGGGAUAAAGAGUGAAAUGUUGCUGUCAGUGAUGGGGGACCAUGUUAACCGUAUAAUAAGGCAAGAUGUGAAUGUAAUGCGAUUGCUUAUGAUUUUGUUCAUGAAUGUCUUUUGUAGCCGGGUGAAGCUGAGUUCCUCUUAUCUGUAUAUGUAAUACCAUAUAAUAUUAUUUUUAACACGCAAUGAAUUGCACCCUAGAUGAA